AUGGCUCACGAUCUUCAUCCUAAUAAGCCAAAGAUUGAAAGGAGAAAGACAACUUAUUGGGAAAGAGUUAAGAUACUAUCAAAGACACAGAAUCCAUUCAAUUUCUAUCUCCCUCAUUCAACUAUUGAGAAAGCUAGAGAUUUGGUCUAUAACCUUGAUACUUCUCAGAAUAUUUUAGAUAAAGAAGAAGUAGAAAGAGCUAAAAAUAUAGUCAAAUCAGCAUAUCAUCCUGAAACAGGAGAACUGAUUCCUAGACCAAUGAGACUAUGCUCAUAUGCUACAAUGCUUAUACCUGUAAAUUUUGGAUUAUUGCUGGCGAAACCUACUAUUUUUAACACAAUUUUCUGGCAUUGGUUCAAUCAAACUUAUUCGGCUGGAGUGAACUACUCAAAUAGGAGCAUUUCAGGGAAGUUUACGAAUAAAGAUCUAAUAACUGCAUAUUGAGCAGCAAUUAUUUCUUCUAUCAGCGUUGGACUUGGUAUGAGGAAAUUACUCACUCCAAUCGCUAAGAAAUUUCAUGGACCAAGCCAAAUCUUUAUCAAUUUCAUUGUAAAUUUGUCAGCUGUUGGUUCAGCAGGAUUCUGAAAUUUAUUAAUAAUGCGGUCAAAAGAAAUGAGAGAUGGAAUUAUACUAAGAGAUCAUGAAGGAAAAGAAAGAGGGGUUUCUAAAAUAACAGGAAAGAAAGCAGUUCUUAGAUCUGCAAUAACUCGCUUCUUGAUGCCUAUCCCACCUUUACUGCUGCCAACAUUAACUUUUUAUACUCUAGAAAGGCUUUCUUUAAUGCCAAAAGCUAUGUUUCCUAAAAUGUUGACUCAGAUAAUUAUAUUCUUCAUAUUCCUAGCUUGUGGUCCAACUUUUGCAUGAGCUCUUUUUCAGCAAGAAGCCUCUACCUCUGUAUCAGGCUUAGAGUCUCAUUUUCAAAACCUGAUCGACUCCUCAAACGCUGAUAUCAAAAUUUUGUUCUAUAAUAAAGGCCUUUAGA